AUUCCCGCCUUGUGAACCCGAGCCACAGACAGACAAAUAUGGUGGUGAAUGUUCCCGGUUUGAUCUCAGUCAUUAUCUUCUAUUUCGUCAUCUUAGUCAUCGGACUUUGGGCGGCCCGCCGGACUAAAGGCGAAACCAACAGCGAGAAUGUCAUGCUGGCAGGGCGGGACAUUGGGGCAUUCGUGGGGGUAUUCACCACAACAGCUACCUGGGUAGGUGGAGGGUUCAUCAAUGGUACGGCGGAAGCUGUUUAUAGUUAUGGUCUGGUGAAUUGUCAGGCUGCGGUGGGGUAUGCACUCAGUCUUGUCAUGGGUGGAGUAUUUUUUGCCCGCAGGAUGCGUGAACAAGGUUACGUGACCAUAUUGGACCCGUUCACACGGACCUACGGAGAGAGGAUGGGAGGGCUUCUCUACAUACCGGCACUGAUGGGGGAGGUGUUCUGGUCUGGGGCCAUACUCGCCGCUCUAGGGAGUACACUGAGAGUGAUCGUUGGACUUUCUCAUGAAGUGUCCAUUGUAGUGUCCGCCUCCAUCGCCGUAUUCUACACUCUGUUUGGGGGACUCUACUCCGUGGCUUACACUGAUGUCGUCCAACUCAUCUGCAUUUUUAUUGGUUUGUGGUUAUGUAUCCCAUUUGCUAUGACCAAUGAAUUCGUAGAGAACAUAUCUGUCAAUUCUUCUACGGAGUGGAUCAAAGAGGUGGAUCCGGUAUUUGCAGGGGUGUAUAUUGACUCCUUUCUCCUUCUUAUAUUUGGAGGAGUGCCUUGGCAGGCAUUUUUCCAAAGGGUGUUGUCUGCACGAACAGCUGGGAUUGCUCAGGGCCUAUCGUUUGCAGGUGGCCUGGGUUGUAUCAUUAUGUCAGUACCAUCAGUUCUCAUAGGCGCCAUAGCUGUCAAUACAGAUUGGAAUCGUACGGCCUAUGUAACAAGAGACAACUUAAACGUUUCUGAGAUUGCUGAGAGAUCGUCCGAUAUUUUACCUUUAGUUCUGCAAUACCUGACUCCAGAAUGGGUAUCUUUCUUUGGAUUAGGAGCGGUGUCUGCUGCAGUAAUGUCGUCCGCCGAUUCUUCCAUUUUAUCCGCCAGUUGUAUGUUUGCUAGGAAUAUCUAUAAAAUGGCGAUCCGAAAGAAGGCUUCCGAGAAGGAAAUCAUCUGGGUGAUGAGGGUCGCCAUUGUUGGUGCUGGUGUCUUGGCAACCGUCAUGGCGAUCACUGUGAAGUCCAUAUACACGUUGUGGUACCUCUGUUCUGACCUCGUAUAUGUGGUAUUAUUCCCACAACUUCUGUGUGUCAUUUACUUAAGAGCUUCCAAUACAUACGGGUCACUUGUGGGAUACAUCAUUGGCAUGUUUUUCCGGAUCGCUGGAGGAGAACCCUCUUUGGGUAUUGACGUGCUCAUCAAAUUUCCCUACUAUUCUGUGAAGAACGGACAGUUAUUUCCUUUUAAAACUCUCUGCAUGUUGAUGUCCUUCACUUCGAUAGUCUUUGUUUCCUAUCUGACGGAUUUCUUGUUCAAAAAGAACAUCCUUCAUCCUCGUUUUGAUAUAUUCAAAUGUGUGACAAACAAAAGGCCCACUGAUGUGGAGCUGACGAAAUAUAAGGCAAAGCCUGAGGAGACUUUUGUUAAUCCUUCGUUUGUUAAUUCUGCAGAGGAAAUACGGGCAAGACGAUAAAUCGAAUUUGUAAUGCAAAAGUAUAUAAUUUUGAAUAUGUCAUAUCUUUGAAAACAAUGGAAUCAGUAGAGUAGCAUGAACGUCUGUUAGAUAUACUGGUAUAUAUAAUUAUUGAGGUCAUGAAAUGUAUAUUAAACUUAUAGAGAGAUUAAAAUAUAUAUUACCAAUCUU